AUGUGUCUUGGUAUUUGGAAAAGUUUUAGAGGUUUUAUUAAAAAAAGAGGUGGAAAUGUAGUUGAUUUAGGAAUUGGUAUAAUUAUUGGAGCCGCUUUCACUUCUAUAGUUCAAUCGUUUGUUAAAGAUAUUUUAACACCACCACUGGGUUUGAUUCUUCAUGGUUCAAAUCUCGAAAAUUAUUUUAUUGUAAUUAAACCUGGAAAUACACCAAAUGCGACUUAUAAUACUCCAGCCGAGGCUCAAGAAGAUGGUGCGGUAACCGAGAAUAUUGGUUCAUUCUUAAACACCGUAAUAAAUUUCCUUUUGGUUUGUGGCACGUUGUUUUGGAUUUUUUAUGCUUAUAGCAGAAUUAAAGAAUCAAAGAAGGAAGAAGAUGAUGAAGACCCAUGUCCUUGGUGUCAAGAAUUAGUUUCAAAAGACGCUGUCAAAUGCAAGUAUUGUGCUAGCAUUAUCAAUGAAAAGAUACCUCCACAAUAUAAACGGGAUCAAAAUAAUGCGGAUCAAAGAAGCGCUGAUGUAUCUCAUGACAUUGCAAAACUUGGUUAUUUGCCUCGACAGGGUGGCCUUGGUGGUACGUCUCUACCUAUUGAUCUGAGGAUAAGACCUUUUUCUAACGAGGGUGUUAAUAUUAAUGACCCUGAUCAUAACUUGGUUCAAGCGCCAGAAUAUUCAAAUUAUAGGGUUAUACGAAUUUCGAUGAUUUGGGGAAUGGCAGCAGGGGUGGAAAAUUGUUUCGAAUCAUUUGGAAAACUAUGGAAGGAGAUUAUUGAUGAGGCCCAAUUAAUCUACAAGGAACAUCGAGAUAUUGACGAAAAGGAUAAAACAACAGCAGAUCAAUUCUGGACGAUCAUUAAGGGUUGCCUUCAAGAAUUAUCAAAUAUUUUUAUUAUAAUGUUUACAGCCUACGGAUAUAAAAGUUCUAACUCUGCGAGACUUUCAACCCCUGUCAUCUUACCAUCAUCUAAUUGCAAAAGUCUUACUGAUAUCAAUUUUACCCCAUUUAAGCGGACUGAAAAUAACCAAUUGACUUUCCAUGAUAUAUUUGCGUAUGUGAAUUCACGGAGUUUCAAUACGUCUAUUGACAACGAAUGCCGCGCUAUACCCAAAGUUCGCUCGUUUUCUGAUACUGAUGAGAAUACCCGGUAUUUAGUCAAAACUGGAGUUCUUAUUGUUGUCGAUGGUCAUUUACAGUUUGCAGCACCUCUUAUUUCGCGAUCAUUCUUCCUGCAAUAUUAUGGGAGUGAAGAUCGUGCUGAAACCGCGCCUUCAUCAUUAUAUGAAUUUAUUGUGAAAAUUUUUAGGGCAAUGUGCAAACAAAGUGGCAAAAAUUUAAGGGAAAACCUUGGGUUUAGAAUCGACGGAAAUCUUCUAGAACAAACAUGGCAGAAGGAAUUCUAUAGAAUCGGAACACAAGUGUUAGGGUGGAAAUAUUUUUUAUCGUGCGAUGUUGGUGCAAUUUUUGGGUGCGAGGGAUUUAUAGAUUUUUACGUGGAUGAGUUAGGCUGGGCAAUCAAUAGAGCUCUUGAGAGAUGGUAA